AUGGUUAGAGAUGGAAUAGUGCUUGGACAUAGAAUCUCAGAGAGAGGCAUAGAAGUUGAUAAGGCCAAGAUUGAAGUAAUGACAAACCUUCAGCCGCCCAAGACAGUUAAAGAUAUCAGAAGCUUCUUAGGACAUGCUGGGUUCUACAGGAGGUUCAUUAAAGAUUUCUCACAGAUAGCAAGGCCGCUAACACGCCUAUUAUGCAAGGAUAUUAACUUUGAGUUCACAGAGGAGUGUCACAAGGCUUUCACUAAGAUCAAAGAUGCAUUGGUCAGUGCGCCAGUGGUUCAACCUCCAAACUGGGAACUACCUUUUGAGAUAAUGUGUGAUGCAAGUGAUUAUGCAGUAGGAGCAGUGCUUGGACAAAGAAAGGACAAGAAGCUACAUGUGAUCUACUAUGCCAGCAGAACACUUGAUGAGGCACAAUGCAAGUAUGCCACAACAGAAAAGGAGCUUCUUGCUAUUGUCUUUGCAUUUGAGAAAUUUCGAUCAUACUUGGUGGGAUCAAAAGUUAUAGUUCACUCUGAUCAUGCAGCAUUAAGGUAUCUUUUAUCUAAGAAAGAUGCCAAGCCAAGAUUGUUGAGAUGGAUUCUACUACUGCAAGAAUUUGAUCUUGAGAUCAAGGAUAGAAGAGGUGCAGAUAAUGGAGUAGCUGAUCAUCUUUCAAGGAUGAGAGUUGAAGAAAAUCUACCCCUUGAUGAUAGGCUACCUGAAGAAUCAGUUUAUGCAGCUGAAGCUAGCAAUAAGCAUGGACAACUAGGCCAUCACAGGCCAGGAACAAAGAUCUCAUCAUCAAACACACCAUGGUUUCGCCACAUAGCAAACUUCCUUGCAGCUGAAUACCCACCACCAAACUUCUUUGGCUACAGAAAGAAGAAAUUUCUGCGUGAUGUAAGAAGGUACUAUUGGGAUGAACCUUACUUAUACAAGAAAUGUUCAGAUGGAAUGUUUAGAAGAUGCAUACCUGAGGAAGAGGUAGAAGGAAUAUUGUUUGCUUGUCAUAGUUCUAGCUAUGCAGGCACUUUGCCACUUACAAGACAGUAUCCAAAGUCCUACAAGCUGGAUUUUGGUGGCCAACUAUGUUUAAGGAUGCUCAUGCAUUCAUAUCAAGAUGUGAUGCUUGCCAAAGAAUGGGAAAUAUAA